AAAAUUCAAUCUAAUUUACUCAUUUCGUAAAACAAGAAUCUUCCAAGAACGCGACGAAACGGAGAGAGAUAGAGAAUGGAGGUGAAAACCGACGAGGUAAACGCCGCGGCGACGGAAACUCAUGGCCUUAGCGAGCCGGAGGAGGCGUCAAACGCCGUCGUGCUCGCUGACGGAGCCGUAACGACGGAGGAGAGGAAGAAGACACAGAGCGAGACGCCUCCAGAGGAUGAUUGCUGCCCGAUCUGCUUCGGCUCCUUCACGGUUCCGUGUCGAGGUGAUUGUGGCCAUUGGUAUUGCGGAAGCUGCAUCUUGCAGUACUGGAACUACGCUGCGGUAUCAAGGCCUUGCAAGUGUCCCAUGUGUGUUCGUCACAUCACCAAGCUCUCUCCGGAAGCGUCCUUGCAACAGCGCCAAGAGCCGGAGGUGAAGGAGGUUCUUGCUAAGAUCCGUAGGUAUAACCGUCUCUUUGUUGGAGGUUUAACUGGCUUUCUUCAGAAAGUGCAGGAGCUGCCUUUGUUAAUGAAGAGAAUGGUGUGGCACAUUAUGGAUCCGGAUACUACCAACCUGCAUUUUAACGAAGUUCGCAUCUUUGCAAUGUUGAUGAGUACCCUUUACACUGCCACCGAGUUUAAUUUCAUCCCAACGGGAGGGUUCAGAAUAGUGACGGUGUUCGAGUUCAGUGCUAUAGCAAUGAUUCUGAUUCUGCGCUUGGUGGGGGUAUAUAGGAGGAGACGUCUUGCUCAACGGGUUAGGCAUGUUGCAGCUGCAGAACUUGAACCAGAAUGAGGCCAAAGGGAAGCUUUAACAGACUAAUGAGUUGUAUUAACAUGUGAAGAAGAAAGCAAACGUUUGUUCAUUGUGGAUAGGUUUGGUAGAUCAUAGAAAACCGUUAGUACUGUGCAGUUUUACUGUCCAUAAGCAAAAUCAUAUUGAGUAUAUUCGUCUAUUAUCAAACAAUUCAAAGAUUUAAAAAUAAACAGUAUUGUA